GUGGAGGGAUCAAGUUCUCCUGGCGCACGGUCAGGGCACCAGGGACGGUUUCCAUUGGCUGUCUAGCGCGCCGCCGUCGGACAAGUUGAGUUUUCCUACCUUCUUUUUCCCCGGAUUUCCAUUCAAGCGUCAAGCAAACGGUCCAAAUCAACGCUGGUUGAUGAGGCAGGCCACACCGUGCGGCGCACGGUUGGUUGCUGGCCAUCAACAAGCAAAGCGCAAGUCUCACUUGAGGCUUUGCAGGCCGUGCUCAGCACGAAUCUGGACGUCAAGCAACGGGGUCGUUAUUAAUCGGCGUCACUGCGAUUAACCAAAGCUGCAAUACUGUUGGUGGGCUAGUCACCUACAAGAGAGCCUUGGAUUACACUAGGGCAGGUUAACCUCAGUUCAGCAUUGAACGCAUGCUUCUUCCUCCAGCGGAAGACCUCCGCACAAACGCCAUGAAUCUCCAGCCUCCCUUGCCAUUCCUACACCCCCACCUCUGAAACGAACUGCGGGACAAUUCAUUAUUCAUUAUGGACUCAAUUCCGUUGAGAUGCACUGACACUCUGCAGCUGGAAUAGGCGGCAAUACUGGAUGCAUAUUUGAGCACGUCUUACACCCCGGAGAAGGAGCCCUGCUUAUUCAGCAGUCAAAUGCCGGCAGUGUUUCGGGCAGCAUCCGCUAGCAGUGCUAGCAUAGCACUGUUCCAUCGUCGUGUGGACGGCCGAAGAGAUCAUUCGCGAUUUUUUCAACCCAUUCAUAUGGUAAGAGCAACUUGCUCUUAUUAGCGUUCUUUUUUGAACUUCUUCAGCUUGUAAAGGAAAAGCUAAAGUAAGAGCACAUGCUCUUAAAGUGAUCUGUCUCGGUACUUCGAUUUGGCGCCAAAACACAGAUAUGCACAAACAUUUCUUUUGUGCAAUGGACCGCAGUAGAUUGGACACGGAGCGUCGGCUGCGCGCCAUGGAAGCAGCAUUCGCUCGUGAGCGGCAACAGCGCGAUCUACUUGAGAAGAAGUACGCGCGUUUGAAGCGGCGCUAUGUGCGGCUGGAGCGCUCACAUAACCGCCUCCUGAUGGAUUCGAAUGGGGUGCGUCAUUUCUCCAAAUAUUGACGUAGUUUAUUACUUGAAAUGCUGAUGAGUUUCUGCUAUCCGCUGUCGUAAAAAGAGCGAUAAUGGCGGUCAAACGUCCACUUCACAAUCCGACACGUCACAGAGUGUCGAGUCCACGCCGAACUCGCGGACAUCAUCGUUUUCGGUGAUAGACCUCACAAGUCCCCGUCCUCGCUCCAGCUCCGCAAUGACAAGCAACAACGAUCCACAAAACAGCGUGUCGAGAAGCUUGCGGAGCUAUGCGCUGGAUGACAUCUGCGCUGAAAGCCCGACUUCGUCUCUCGGGUCUCCACAACUAUCGACAAGGGAAUCACACAAUAGUGACGAUCAGGAGGAGAAGGAAAAUACGCUAGAGAACUGGCGAACCAACUCUGAAAGGACGUACUCGACGCCUUCGUCACGAAGGCGACUGCACUUGGAUUUCACUCUGCCUUCCAGCUUUACCGAUUCAAACCAAGCAAUAUCGAGUCCGUCGCGACGGAUGCAGCGCCAUGGACUACACUUAGACCAAUCGACCACUUCACACAGUUCUCCACAAUCGACUCACUCCAUGACACUGCACAGUGGGGAGCCCCGUACCCGCACUCGACCGCGUCUUGGCUUUCACCAUCAUUCACCAGAACGAACUGCUGCGCGUGCGUAUGGAUACGAGCUCGAACAGGAACUGGAGCCUCGUACGCAUCAUCAUGAUAGAUAUGGCUGGGCGUCUGAUCCAUCCCCGGCACCGUCUCCUGUGGCGGCAGCGACAAACUCAUCGCCGGUGCCACCGACAAUCCCUUCUCCCGCACCACGACCCAGGGCUGAGAGCGACGAGGAGGCUUCGCUUGCUUUGGCACGUUAUCUCCAGCAACAAGAGAAUAUUGCCGCAUUCGAAGAGUAUGAGGCACGUCUACUCCGAGAAUCGGUUCAGCAAGAAUACAACCAGCAAGCUCAUUUGUCUAACAACUUGCUAUUAUCGGGAUUGGAGGGUCAGCAGCGCAAUAUCGACCCGGAUAAUAUGUCCUAUGAAGAACUCUUGAGGCUUGGAGAGGAAGUCGGGGACGUGAAAAAGGAAAGGUGGCGGCAAAUGGCUGUUCGAGUGCUGUCAAGUCUCCCAACCCAUAAAUGGACACAUGGCCACGGUGACGAUACUUGUAUCAUCUGCCAGUACAAUUUUGUACCGAAUGACCGAGCGAUGACACUUCCGUGUGCUCACGUGUUUCACGAAGAUUGCGUUGGUGGCUGGAUUCGUGAAAACAACAGUUGUCCUCUAUGCAAACGGGAAAUCACUUCGAUGUAGGGAUUUUUUUGUAGGGAUGAAUGCAGAUAUUUUGCACAAAUACAUUCAAACUCUGAGCACUAC